AUGUCAAGAUACCACACCCUAAGUGUCUUUCUUCCCCCCCGCCCCGGUGGGGGGAGUGGGGGUGGGGAAUACGCGGUGUGGGGAUUUGAAACUCCACGAAAACGUGGAAGGUCAGCUCUCCGGGAGGACCGGGACAGGUCCGGGGCAAUCAGGGGACGCGCGGCGAAGGGCGAACGCAGGCCUCGGCCUCUGCGGGCUCGCUCCCCGUCAGCCGCAGGGAAGCGGCCCGGACGCGCCACCCGGGGCGACUCGCCGGCCGCAGCGCUGACCAGCAGGAAGGUCCACAGCAGCGAGGGCACCCGCCGGGGCCGCCGCGGAGACGAAGUCAUCCCUGGGUCAGCCGAGAAGGAGAGCAGAGAAAAAGAAAGACGGAAAGUGAAUACGGGCGGAGAAACGCGGCCGGGAGGACAGUCCUCGCUCUCGUCGGACUUCUCCGGCCCGUAUUACAAUGCAGCUUGA